CUGCGGCGGGGAGACGAGCUGCGUGGAGGGCUGCCAAGCCGGUUCAGCCCAGCUUUUGUCCGGGUCGAGGUUUGUCACUACCUGGCACACUCCUGUUGCCUGGCACAACCCGCAUCUGGCUGCAACCACCAUCCAGAGCCUGGACGCAGAGCCAGGAAUACUAAAUACAAAACCUUGAAUUAAAAAGAAACAUGUUUUGCCAUAUUACAUUUCUUUGGAUAGUGGUGACCCUGCUUCUCCAGAAUUCUGCAUUAUCUGAAGAUGGGGAAAUGAGAGCGAGUUGUCGCACUGCUCCAACAGACUUAGUCUUCAUACUAGAUGGAUCCUACAGCGUUGGACCAGAAAGCUUUGAAAUAGUGAAAAAGUGGCUUGUAAAUAUCACAGAAAACUUUGACAUAGGACCCAAGUUCAUUCAGGUUGGAGUGGUGCAGUACAGCGACUACCCGGUGCUGGAGAUCCCGCUGGGCAGCUAUGACUCGGGCGAGCACCUGGUGUCUGCAGUGCAGGCCAUCCACUACCUGGGGGGAAACACCAGGACCGGGAAGGCCAUCCAGUUCGCGCUGGACUAUCUGUUUGCCAAAUCCUCACGGUUUCUAACUAAGAUAGCGGUGGUGCUCACAGAUGGCAAAUCCCAGGACGAAGUCAAGGACGCAGCCGAAGCGGCCAGAGACAAUAAAAUAACCUUGUUUGCCAUUGGCGUUGGGUCCGAAGCAGAGGACGUGGAGCUGAGGGCUAUAGCAAACAAGCCUUCGUCCACUUACGUGUUUUACGUGGAAGACUAUAUUGCAAUAUCCAAAAUCAGAGAAGUGAUGAAGCAGAAACUCUGUGAAGAAUCCGUCUGUCCAACACGAAUCCCAGUGGCAGCUCGUGACGAAAAGGGGUUUGAUAUUCUUUUAGGUUUAGGUGUAAAGAAAAAGGUUAAGAAAAGAAUCCAACUUUCACCAACAAAGAUAAAAGGAUAUGAAAUAACCUCUAAAAUUGAUUUAUCAGAAUUUACAAGCAAUGUUUUCCCAGAAGGUCUUCCUCCAUCAUAUGUAUUUGUUUCCACUCAGAGAUUUAAGGUGAAGAAAAUAUGGGACUUAUGGAGAAUAUUAACCAUUGAUAGAAGACCACAAAUAGCAGUUACCUUAAAUGGUGUGGAAAAAACCUUAUCAUUUACAACAACCAGCAUAGCUAAUGGCUCCCAAGUGGUCACCUUUGCUGACCAUCGAGUUAAGACAUUAUUUGAUGAAGGCUGGCAUCAAAUUCGUCUCUUAGUAACAGAGCAAGAUGUAACUCUGUUUAUUGAUGACCAACAAGUUGACACUAAGUCCUUACAUCCAGCUUUAGGGAUCUUCACCAGUGGGCAAACUCAGAUUGGAAAAUAUUCUGGGAGAGAAGAAACUGUUCAGUUUGAUGUCCAAAAGUUGAGAAUCUACUGUGACCCAGAACAGAACAAUCGGGAGACAGCCUGUGAGAUUCCUGGAUUUAAUGGAGAGUGUCUGAAUGGUCCCAGUGAUGUAGGUUCAACUUCAGCUCCCUGUAUCUGCCCUCCAGGAAAACCAGGAUUACAAGGUCCCAAAGGGGAUCCUGGCCUGCCUGGGAAUCCUGGCUACCCUGGACAACCUGGUCAAGAUGGUAAGCCUGGGUAUCAGGGAAUCUCAGGAUCACCAGGUGUUCCAGGAUCUCCAGGAAUACAAGGAGCUCGAGGCCUAGCUGGUUACAAAGGAGAACCAGGAAGAGAAGGACAGAAGGGUGACCGUGGAUUUCCUGGUUUUCCUGGGCUUCAUGGGAUGCCAGGAUCAAAGGGUGAAGUGGGCUCAAAAGGUGAUAAAGGGUCACCUGGAUUUUAUGGCAAAAAGGGUGCAAAAGGUGAAAAAGGGAACACUGGUUUACCUGGCCUUCCUGGACGUGCUGGAGAACCUGGAAGACAUGGAAAGGAUGGAUUAAUUGGUAGUCCUGGUUUCAAGGGAGAAGCAGGAUCACCAGGUGCCCGUGGGCAAGAUGGACCAAGAGGAGAGCCUGGGAUCCCAGGAUUUCCUGGAAACCCAGGGUUAAUGGGACAAAAGGGAGAAAUUGGGCUUCCAGGACCACAUGGAAAAAAAGGAGCUCCGGGGAUGCCAGGAUUGGUGGGGAGCAAUGGCUCACCAGGUCAGCCUGGCACACCAGGACUUAAGGGGAGCAAAGGUGACCCUGGUCUUCAAGGGAUACCUGGGACUUCUGGACUCAAGGGUGAACCAGGAGCCAUGGGUCUCCCAGGAGAACCUGGAUACAUGGGCUUACCUGGGAUCCAAGGGGAAAAGGGGAACAAAGGAGAUCGCGGUGAAAAGGGCGCUCAGGGCCUCAGGGGAGAAACUGGGAGACAAGGGAUCACAGGAAAACAGGGAAUUCAAGGCCAUCAUGGCACAAAAGGAGAGACAGGUGACAAAGGAGAGCCUGGUGUCAGAGGUGCCCCUGGACCAAAAGGAGAAGCUGGGCUGGAUGGCUUGAUGGGCCCUUUAGGUCCCAGGGGACAGCCUGGGGAAACAGGUCCUCAGGGACCUCCAGGAUUGGAUGGAAAGCCUGGGAGAGAAUUUUCAGAACAGUUUAUUCGACAAGUUUGCACUGAUGUAUUAAGAACCCAGCUACCAGUUUUGCUUCAGAGUGGAAGAAUUCAGACCUGUGAUCACUGCCAGUCUCUUCAUGGUCCCCCUGGUCUUCCUGGGCCACCUGGUCCGACUGGCCCUGAAGGUCCCAGAGGGUCUCCUGGUUUGCCAGGAAGAGAUGGUGUUCCUGGAUUAAUGGGUACUCCAGGACACCCUGGUGCUAGAGGAUUAAAAGGUCAGCCAGGAAGAAAUGGAGAAAAGGGGAGCCAAGGGUUUGGGUACCCUGGAGAACAAGGUCCUCCUGGUCCCCCAGGUCCGGAGGGCCCUCCAGGAAUAAGCAAAGAAGGUCGCCGAGGAGAUCCAGGUGCCCCGGGCAAAGAUGGAGAUCAUGGAAAACCAGGAAUUCAAGGGCAGCCAGGCCCCCCUGGCAUCUGUGAUCCCUCGCUGUGCUUUAGUCUCCUUGUUGGAAGAGAUCCAUUCAGAAAAGGACCAAAUUAUUAGUGGCUGAUGCCUCAUUGCACAACCUAGACCUGGUGCUUUUUUCUUGUGGUCUUUUACAUCUCAGGAAAAUAACCAACAGCAAACUCUUGAACAGAAACUCAGUACCUCGCUGUUUUUACAUUUUUCCUUAAGGAGAAAUACAGCAAAGUUCACCUAUACUGAUUUUAAAGCCUCCUGAGUACCCUGGGUCAUUGAGAUGUGGUCGUGUGAAUUAGAUAUUCUCAAGUCCAUUUAUUUUAGUCAAACCUCAACAUGAAAGUCAACGGUUGCCAAUAAGCUUGUGGAUUUCAGUCACUGUGAAAUAUUCCACCUUCCGUCUCCAUGAAGUAGAGUUCAAGUUCGUGUUUGUGUGUAUUUCAUGUUGCAUGUCGUAAAGAUCAUGUGUCCCCCACAGUCAUGAGAUGUCUGGCUAUUGAAAGUAAAGUCAGGGCUGAUAACAAGCUAGAACUGAUGACGCAGCUCCAGUUCUGUAUCCACCAUGGGUUCUACAUCCACAGAGUGAAAUGAAGCCACAUGGAAAACAUUUAAAAAAUAUAUGUAUCUGGGGUCCUGGGAGAUUGCUCAGCAGUUACAGGCACUGGCUUGGAAAACCUGCUGGCCACAGUUCAAUUCCUCAGUCCAUAA